AUGAUACAAAUAAUGAACUGGUUUUCAAUGGCCAUCGGUCUCAUACCCUUAAACCGUCAAACGGCCAAGUCAACCAACGCCAUAGACUAUGCCAUGAUGGUUAUUGUGCCGUGCUUCUAUCUGGCCUGCUAUACUACCAUUAACUUCCUGAACCUCUACGGUCUGCCCUAUUUGUCGACCUGCAACAGUGUCUGCAAUCUGAGCAACAAGCUAUUCAUGCAUUUGGGAGCCUUCCUCUACGUCACCAUCACACUGUGCAGCCUGUAUCGCCGGAAGUUCUUCUUUUUGGAGUUCAAUGAGCGACUUCAGGAGAUCGACGCCAUCAUACUAAAGUGCCGCCGGGUCGCCGAACUGGACAAGGUACGCGUCACCGUGGUCAAGCACAGUGUGGCCUAUCAUUUCACCUGGCUGCUUGUGUUUGGGGUCUUCAGCUUUGCGCUCUACUAUGAUACGAAGGAAAUGUUCGGCAUCUUUGGUCAGUUCUCGUUUGUAUCGCUGAUGGUCACCAGUUUCCCCUUCCUGGCUGGCAGCGUAAUACAGGGUGAAUUCAUCUAUCAUGUGUCUGUCAUAUCGGAGCGUUUUUCACAAAUAAACACGCUGUUUGAGAAAAUUAAUCAGGAGGCGCGCCACAAGCAAGCGCCAUUGACCGUUUUCGAUAUUGAGAGCAAUGGCGAAAAGCAGGACACUAGGGAGGCCACAAAUGCCAAUGGAGACACCAAGUUGGCCGAUGAAAUGAAACGUCAAGUGGCAAAAAAGGAUAAACAAAAGGACAAAGCAGAGUCGGAGACAAGCUCUGAUGAGGACGAUGAGGAUUUUGACUAUGAUGAUGCUACAAUGGCCGAGGAUACAGGCAACACUUCGGAAUCGAAUUUGCCGGAUCUGUUUAAGCUGCACGAUAAGAUUCUAUCGCUCAGUGUUGUGACCAACGGCGAGUUUGGCCCACAAUGUGUGCCCUAUAUGGCUGCUUGUUUCGUGAUCAGCAUUUUUGGCAUAUUCCUCGAGACCAAAGUCAAUUUUAUUGUUAGUGGCAAGGACAGGCUGCUCGACUACAUCACCUACAUGUAUUGCGUUUGGACCGGCGUCACCAUGCUGGUGGCCUACAUAGUCCUGCGCCUCUGCUGCAACGCCAACAAUCAUUCCAAACAAUCCGCCAUGAUUGUCCACGAGAUAAUGCAGAAGAAGCCGGCCUUCAUGUUGAGCAACGAUUUGUUCUACAACAAAAUGAAAUCGUUUACACUGCAAUUUCUGCACUGGGAGGGCUUUUUUCAUUUCAAUGGCAUGGGACUGUUCGCCUUGGACUACACAUUCAUAUUCUCGACUGUCAGCGCUGCCACAUCCUAUUUGAUAGUGCUGCUGCAAUUCGACAUGUCCACGAUAUUGCGCAACGAGGGGCUGAUGUCGUAG